CCCGUACUCAAGAUGGCGGCCCCGGCGGGCGGGGCCCACGGCUCGGAAGCCGCGCGGAGGAGCGGCGGCAUGGCGGCGGCGGCCGAGGAGCCGAGUCGGGGGUACCGGGACGAAGAGGAGGAGGCGGAGCAGUUGGUUCUGGUGGAAUUAUCAGGAAUUAUUGAUUCAGACUUUCUCUCAAAAUGUGAAAAUAAAUGCAAGAUUUUGGGAAUUGAUACUGAGAAGCCCAUUCUGCAAAUGGACAGCUAUGUCUUUGCUGGAGAGUAUGAAGACACUCUUGGGACCUGUGUUAUAUUUGAAGAAAAUGUUGAACAUGUGGAUGCAGAAGGCAAUAAUAAAACAGUGCUAAAAUAUAAAUGCCACACAAUGAAGAAGCUCAGCAUGACAAGAACUCUUCUGACAGAAAAGAAGGAAGGAGAAGAAAACAUAGGUGGUGUGGAAUGGCUGCAAAUCAAGGAAAAUGAUUUCUCCUGUAGACCCAACAUGAUUUGUAGUUUUCUGCAUGAAAAUGAAGAGGAUGAAGCUGUAGCUCCAGACCCAGAUAAAUCUUUGGAGUUGGAAGAGCAAGAGAUUCAAAUGAAAGAUAAUUCAAACCUGAGUUAUGAACAGGAGAAACCACCGAACUUGGAUAUAGAGGAUUCUGGUCCUCUUAUUGAUAUCCCUUCUUCUGAGACAGAAGGCUCUGUUUUUAUGGAAACUCAAGAAACUGCCUUAGAAAUCACUCCUAGAUGAAAUGUUUCUCAUAAAAACUAGUCAUAAACUUUUUAGAGUUUUUAUAUAAAAUAACUGGCUUUGUAGUUUUCAGUUCAGAAUUUUAUUAUUUUUGUUGGCUAUAUACACAUUUCCAAUUAUAUAUAGUUUAAUAUACUAGAAUCAUUAAGGACCAGAUACGAGUUUUUAAAAAUAUGAUUUCAAUGACUAUAGGGACCCUUCUGUGAUGAGUCCUUUAAAAUGGGGGUUUUACUAAGGUAAGUGUGAGUUUCUUUUGCAGCCAUCACAAAUUACCACAGACUUAGCGGCUAAAGUAUAUUAAGCUACAUAAGUGUAUUGUCUUAUAGUUUUGUAGGUCAGCCAUCUGAUAUGGGUGUCACCUGGGCUAAAAUCAAGGUAUUUGCAGAGCUUCAUUCUCUUCUGGACAUGGUAUGGGGGACUCCAUUUCCUUGUUCAUUCAGUUGUUGGCAGAAUUCAGUUCUUUGCAGCUGAAGGAUCACGGUCCAAUUUCCUUGCUGUUGGCUGAGAGCCAUUCCCAGCUUCUAGGGGCUGCCUGCAUUCCUUCACUCAUGGUCCCCUUCUCUUCAAAGCCAGCAAUGGUCAAGUCCCUCUCAGUCUUUGAAUCUCUCCUGCUUCUUCCAUAAUCUUAUUGAUGAUGGACCCUUCUGCCUUCUUUUAAAGGUCCAUUUGAUUACACUGGGCACAUCUGGGUAACUUCCCUAAUUUAAGGUCUAUAACCUUAAUUCCAUCUGCAAAGUCCCUUUUGCCAUGUAAUUUAAACAGGCAUAAAACUGAGAAUUAUGGCAUGAAAAUAUUUGGGCGGCCAUUUUCCAGUCUACCAAAGUCAGUAUUACUCCUGAGAACAGAAAAAGAAUUCAGAAGUGCUUAAGGGUGAAGGUACAGUUCUGAUAUUCCAGCUGUAAUUUCACUUCUUUCCCACUGAAGAAAGAUGAUUGGAAUUCAGCUGUAACAUUCUAAAAUAUUAUGGUGAUAACCUAGAUCUACCCUAACUUGUAUUUUUUAAGUAAAUUAGUCACAAACUUUGACACAGGUUGUACUAUAUGAAAUUACCAAUAUUUGUUUCUGACUACAAAACUCUGCAAUUUUAUAUGGUUUAACCUGGUACUAGUAAGUUAAAACACUCCUCACGUUAAUUAUAUCUCACAGCUGUUGGAGGUGUAACUUUGUUGUGACAGAUUAGAGAACUAAUGUUUAGGAUGAAGAAUUUUUUCCUUCAGUAGGUUUUGUAAAUUUUUACUGUUUAUUUGGAAAACAGCUUACCCUGAUUAAAAGCAUUUCCAAAUCAUAAGUGUGUAUCCUCCCAAUUUUUAUAUGACUUUAGUGUCACCUUUUGUUUAAUCAAAAGCUUAUUUUUUUCUACCAAAUGGUAUGAAGUCUCUAUGUGGAGAGACUGCUAAUUACUUGAGCCAGCAUCUGGUCUUCCUUUAUUUCUUUGUCACAGAAUCCCAGAAUUUAUUCAGGUUAGCAAUGUGCCCAGCUUUCCUCAUGUAUAUGAAAGUGGCCAUAUUGUCUAGAUGUUAGUUCUUCCUAGUUUAAUCUACAGUUUCAAUGCAAUCCGAAAUAAAAUCACAGCAAGGUUUUUAUGGAUAUUGUCAAACCAACUCUAAAGUUUAUAUGGAGAGAGAAAGACCCAGAAUAGCCAAUACAAUAUUGAAGAACAUAGUAGGAGGACUUUACGACUUACUAUAAAACUACAGUAAUAGAGACAGUGGGAACUGCUGAAAGAAUAGACAAAUAGGUCAAUGGAAGAGAAUAGAGAGCCCAGAAAUAGACAUACAUAUAGUAAACUGAUCUUAGAUCAAGGAGCAAAGGCAAUACAAUGGAGCAAAGAUAGUCUUUUCAAUAAAUGAUCCUGGGACAACUGAA